AUCAUAACUGUUCUUAUCAAUUUUUCGGCAGCAGAUUUUGAGAUUGAGAUUUCGGAAUAUAAAAUGAAAAAUAAUACUUUUGCUAGAUAAUAUCCAUCGUCUAUUACAGAUUACAGCUUUUAUUCGUAUCUUACUUCCAAUUCAACUCCUUCAGAAUGCUGAGAUCCUGUUGGACCAAUGCCACCUCAGUACCCAAGAUCCUCACAUAUUCGGUUUGCUCAUCGAAAAAGAUCCCAGAUAUUGCAUCGUCGCUUUUGAAAAAUUACAGCAUAUUGUCAAGCAACACUAAACCUCAGACCAACGCUUUAUUACGAACUAACGAUGUGAAUGUUAUGCCCGUUCGAACCAAAAUGAACAUCAAAGAUAAUCCCAUCGAGGAACACCGAGUUUUCAACUUCGACCGACGUACCGGAAAACGUUCUUCUUGCGAAGCAGCUACUAAAAGAUUCAUGAGAUUGCGAUGGGGAGGUUGGAUAAGAACGAUCGGAGAGAAACCGUCUGAUUACAAGAAAUUCAGGCGUCAUGUGUUUUGUAACGCUCAACAGAGUCGUUUGCUGGAUAAGCUAGCUGGAGGAUGGUAUAUGAAACCUCAUUAUUACGUUGACGAUCCGUAUGAACCGUAUCAUAAUCGAGAAGAAUACUUGUACAGUCGUAAGAAGCCCGUUCCCGCCAGAGAUUAAGUAGCAGUUUAUGUUGAUUUUACUUUUAAAAUACAUUUUUUUUGCUCCAAA